AGAUCGCGAUUUAAAGAAGAUUCGACUUGGGAUUGAAGGUUAUCCCACUUACAAAGAGAAAGUUAAAAAACGUCCGGGAGGACGAGCUGAAGUAAUUUAUAACUACGUCCAACGCCCGUUUAUCCAUAUGUCUUGGGAGAAAGAGGAGGCGAAAAGUCGCCACGUUGAUUUUCAAUGUGUUAAAUCGAAAAGUGUUACGAAUUUAGCCGAAGCAACUGCGGAUCCCGCAUUGGAAUUAGAUGCGCGGGGUAAUCCGAUUGUUGCGGCGACCAUUUCAGAUCCGCCUCCGAUGAAUCAUCACUUGGAGAUUUUGCCGGUUGAGAAUGAUGAAGGGGCCGUUGGUCCGCUUGAAUUAGAUGUGGUUAAUGUUCCAGCGGAUGAAAAUUAAAAUUUUUCCAGCAAUUCCGUAAGUUUAAGUUAAAACGUAGAAAGGAGGAUUUAGAUUUAUUGAGAACAGAAUAAAUUUGGAGUGAAUAAAAAAUUUUACUUUAUCAUUUUAAUUUAUUUGGAAUACUCGCACAAUGAAAAAUACGGUAAAACUCUCAGAAUAAAAAGAUUUUGAAUCUCAAUAUUAAAUAAAAUCAUUUUUUUUCAAUCAAAAUAAAAUUAUAUUCGGGGUUUUACCGUAAUAAUAAUUUAGAUUUGAAAUAUCUAUGUGUAUACUUUUCGUAUAAACUCACAAUAAUCAUGUAAUAAGCUUCGAACGAUAAAAAAAAA